AUGUCUUCCACCAAGGUCGACAAUGGAGUCGUCGACUCAAACACCGCCCACGAGGCAGCAGCCGCCACAGAAGCAGAGCGCAACAUGGGCCUCAUGAAAUCCCUGAAGCUCUACAAGAAAGCCUGUCUCUGGUCCGUUUUCUUGUCUCUCUGCAUCAUCAUGGAAGGUUUCGACGUCGUUCUCCUGAACAACCUCUUCGCCUACCCUCCCUUCCAGCGCAAAUUCGGUGUUGAGCAGCCUGAUGGUACAUACCAGCUCACGGCUGCUUGGCAGUCUGGUCUCUCGAACGGUACCCUCUGUGGUCAGAUCCUUGGUCUGUUCAUCAAUGGUAUCAUCGCUGAUCGAUUCGGCUACCGUAAGACGCUUAUUGGUGCCCUGAUCGGUUGUAUUGGUUUCAUCUUUAUCAUCUUUUUCUCUGAGACGCUUGUUCAGCUUCUUAUUGGAGAGAUCUUCAUCGGUAUCCCGUGGGGUGUUUUCCAGACUCUCACGACUACUUAUGCCUCUGAAGUCUGCCCUACCCAUCUUCGCGCUUACCUUACCACCUACGUCAACCUCUGCUGGGUUCUCGGCCAAUUCAUCGCCUCAGGUGUUCUUCGCGCCAUGGUCACCCGCGACGAUCAGUGGGGUUACAAGAUCCCCUUUGCUCUUCAAUGGAUGUGGCCUGUCCCUCUCAUCAUUGGAAUCUACCUCGCCCCCGAAUCCCCCUGGUGGCUUGUCCGCAAGGGCCGCAUCGAAGAAGCCAAGCUUUCCCUCCAACGCCUUACCGCGCGCAACAGCGAAGUCGAAUUCAAGCCCGACGAGACGAUUUCGAUGAUGGUACACACGAACGAGAUGGAGAAGGAAGCACAGGCUGGUACUUCAUACACUGAUCUCUUCAAGGGAGUUAGUCUGCGAAGAACCGAGAUUGUGUGCUUUACUUGGAUGGUUCAGACUCUUUGUGGUGCUACCUUUAUGGGAUAUUCUACCUACUUCUACCAGAUGGCUGGCAUGGCUGUUGAGAACAGUUUCUCCAUGUCUCUUGGUCAAUAUGCCAUCGGUGCUGUUGGUACUGUCUUCUCUUGGUUCCUCAUGGGCUGGUUCGGUCGUCGCACUCUUUACCUCGGUGGUCAAGUCGUCAUGUGCGUCAUCCUCCUCACAAUCGGCUGUGUCGCAUUCGCCGGCAAGGAAAACGUCGCCGCUCAAUGGGUCAUCGGAUCCCUCCUUCUCAUCUACACCUUCACCUACGAUUCCACUGUCGGACCCGUCUGCUACUCCCUCGUCGCCGAACUGUCCUCUACCCGCCUCAGAACCAAGACCGUCGUCCUCGCCCGAAACUCAUACAAUAUCGUUGGAAUCAUGACCAACAUUAUCACUCCUCGCAUGUUGAACCCUUCUGCUUGGAAUUGGGGAGCCAAGGCCGGUUUCUUCUGGGCUGGAACCUGUGCCCUUUGCGCUGUCUGGACAUAUUUCCGUCUUCCUGAGCCCAAGGGACGUACUUACGGAGAGUUGGAUGUUCUCUUUGAGCGUGGUAUCAGUGCGCGCAAGUUUAAGACUACCGAGGUUGAGAGGGUUGAUGCUGAGUUUGAUGGUGUUGCCAAGGAGAAGGGGUCUGCUGUUUAUGUUGAGCAGGUUGCUAGCAACCAGUCUUAG